AUGAAAGAUGUCUUCGGAUCGGCACAACUCGUUGUCUCGUCUACUUCCAGCACAGCUACAUCUUCGACGGAUAUCACACGCGAUACUACAGUCACUGUGGCAGGAUCAACAUCCUUUUUUACAAUCAAUAACAAGCACGAACGAGCCUUCACUCACGAAGAAAAGGUACAACGCGCUGAAUGCAUUUGGGCAAUGGCGACUGCACGAUUUGGUCUUUCCUACAAUACAUCACAGUUUCUGCCUGAAUUUAUGCAAUCCAUGUUUCCUGACAGCAACAUAGCAGCCAGUCUAUCUAUGCGCCCACGAAAAUUGCCCUACGUUAUAUCUCACGGCACUGGAAAUUAUUUCACAAUGGAGUUGAUUAAAGAUGUUCGCAAAGCCAAAGCGUUCUCAUUGUUAUUCGACGAGUCUACAACGGCUGGCGUACGUAAACAGUGUGAUCUUCAUUUCAGGUAUUGGAGUAAAACGAAGAACAGUGUUUGUACUCGGUACUACAAAAGUAUUUUUCUUGAGCAUGCUACGGCGAACAUUGUUCCACAUGAGAUCAUCGACAGCUUGGGUUCCGCCGGAAUUGACAUUGCGUGUCUUUUAAUGCUUGGACGCGACAAUCCAAACGUCAACAAAGCCAUCGAAAACUUCAUUGAGAAGAAAGUCGUCGCUGAGCUACAGAAACAGUAG